UUGUCGUGCCACCCCUCUGAUUCUUACUGACAUUUUGUCCACUUUUCUAUUUAUUGGCAUUUUGUCCAUUCCCUUCUUUUGGUGUUUUGUAUUUCGCAUGUUUAAAUUUUUGUCUCUCAAAACACCAUUAUCUAUAUUUAUUUUCAUUUCUCUACCAUGUUUGAUAAAAAGUGUCUCUUUCCGCAUUAUUUCUCUAUAGCUUAUAUCGGGUACAGCCCUUUUAGGCGCGCGCCCAUGAAGGCGCAAUGCCAUAAUUUGGUGGAAAAUUUCUGAUUUUUAUCAAUUUUGGUACCAAUCUCUUUGUCUCGAUGAGAGCAAUCGUUUAAAGCUAAAUUUGGUAAGAUUCGGAAAUUUUCCAGCAAGUUAUGGCUAAGCGCCAUUAUAGCCUCGCGCCGACGUGUCCCCCUUAUAUUUUCGUGUUAGACCAGUCGAUUCUUCUCAAACAUCAAAAGGAGCGGCGGCGUUUUCUCUUUUGGGUGUGUUUUUGUUGCGCAUUUUGGAAUGUUUUGAGGGCUUUAUUGAAUUUAUUUUUUAAUUUUUAGGUUUUUUAUUGGCCAAAAUUAUUUUUUAAAUUAGAAAAAAAAAUGAAGCUUCGCUCAAAAACUUGUAAUACUUCUUCUUCAAGACUGUCAGUUUCUAGCCAAAAAUCGGUUGUUAAUUCGCCUAAUAAAGAUGGAAACAUUAAAACUGGGACGAGGCAGGAACACCAAAAAGACGAAUUAAUUUCCUCACUUCCCUCCACUUCAAAAUCUGCCCCUCAGCUUGCUUCAACACCCCUUUCAAUUUAUGGAACUAGGAGGAGUAGCACAGCCUCUACAGAAUUCUCACCUGACUCUCCAGGCUUUGGAAGAGUGGCGAAAAGCAAUGCUCGUCUUUUGAAUGGACUUGAUUUAACCAGAAAAAGCAGUGGAAGCUCUUCAUAUUUGGGCACAGCUGUAGUUUUGCCAGAAUUAAAAACAUUCGAACUUUCUGAGAAAUGUUCAACACUUUCAAAACUUUUAAAAACUUGUGGAAAUGGAGUUUCUGAUUCUGCUAGGAAAUUGGGGGUUGAACAACAAUUGACAUCUCUUCAAUUCGAAUUAGAAGAGCUUUGUGCCCAAAAUAUAGAUUAUCAGAGCACAAUUCACGGAGAAAUAACCUAUUUAACAACAGGGGAAUACCCAACAGUUAAUUUACAAAAUCGUCCUUUGCCCAUAUUUUGUUGUGUUGGGAAGGAGGAAAUGCAAAAAUUGGCAGAACGAGUAAAAAGAUCUGUCCCAACACCAACAACAUCUAUGAGAAAUAAAUUGUGGGCUCUUCUUAAGUUUUAUUUCUGA